UAUUUUUACCUGGUUUAAAAAUUUGCAAAUAUCUACACACAAAAUAGGCACAAUUCAUUGGUGAUAUAAUACUCAAAUUGUCUGUAUUUCUCUACUCGUGUUUGGCCAUAGCAUACCUGUGCGACCAGUAUUUCGUACCAUCGCUUGAAUACCUGGGCGAAGUAUUUCAUUUACCGCCGGACAUCACCGGCGCUAUAAUCAUCCCGAUUGGCACAUCCGGACCGGAGAUAUUGACGUCUGCCAUCAGUGUAUUCUUCACGAGCAAUGACAUCGGCACGGGUGCCAUCAUCGGCAGUGCCGUCUUCAACCUGUUGGCCAUACCGGCGGCCUGUGGUCUGGCGGUCGCCUAUUUCAUCGGCCGACCCGUUAAGUUGGAUGCGCUGCCAAUACUACGAGACCUGUUGUUCUAUAUCCUAUCAAUUGUUGUCCUGAUUCUUGUCAUCAAAGAUAAUAGAGUUGAUCUAAUUGAUUCAUCACUACUGACACUACUUUUCGCACUUUAUGUCGGAGUUAUGAUAUAUAACGCGAAGAUGUCUAUGAAAGACAGAGACAACUGUCUGGACAAUUGUACGGCAAAGCCGGCGGCCAUUGAGAGGACAGAAACCACACCAUUGCUGAACGACAAGACUCUCAUAGCAUUGCAACAAUUGGCUAAAAACUGUGACGAAAACUAUGGAAAGUUUAGUUCAUUAAACAAGAAGAGCGGAUACGAAGAGAUUGUGGACAAGAAAUUACAAUUGGAUGACAACGAGGACGACGACAGCUUUAUCAUGAAUAACUGUUUUUGUUCACUCAUCUUAUCGCCGGUUUAUAUAGUAUUUUGGGCCACAAUGCCUAAGAGAUGGCCAAUUUGGACGUUCAUUGUCUCCAUUGCAUAUCUAACCGGACUUUCUUACGGCACCGUUUGGGCCAUCAGUGGAUUCAGUGAUGCCCUAUCCAUUCCCCAUACAGUCUCCGGAAUGACAUUAUUAGCCGCCGGUUCUGCGGNAAUGAGCCCUUACGUAGAAAUUAAGUUAUAA